GUAUUUAUCAUCACCAUCUUCAGAGAAAAUUCAUCGACAUCAUCAUCAAUUUUUUUCUCUUUUCAAUUUUUCUUUUCUUUCUUUUUUUUUCUCUUUCUAAUUCUCUCUUUUUUUUUGUUUCUUUCUCUCUCUCUCUCUCUCUCUCUCUGUGUUAUUUAUUAUUAUUUAUGUUCUCAACUAAUCUAAUUUAAUAUAUAUUUAGUAUUUAUAUAUAUAUAUUUGUAUACUUAUUCGUUGUUGGGCUGAAGAAUAUAUAUAUUUAUAUUUAUUUAGAGUUGAAAAAGAAUAUAUUUUUUUAUAUAUCUAUUUGUGUAUUCUUUUCCCUUUUCCCCUCCUUUAAUGGCAGGAAAUCUUAAAUCUAAUUCCAAUCAUUUUGUUAGGUUGGAUGAGGAUGCCAAUCAUAAUUUAGAGGAAUUAUUUAGGGCUGCCAUAGGUCCUAAAGAUGGUCAGAUUCCUUUAAGUAAACCAAUGCGCCAACGUAACUUACCUGCAUCAUUUUUCACACCUCCAGAGAAAGGAUCGAAAUCGGCAUCACAUUCUCGUGAGUCAAGUUUGGAUUCAACAAAUGUGGAAUCAGCAGCAAUUACAACAACAACUACAACUACUUUGUGUACCAAUCCUCGUCCCGCUGGACUUACCAUUAGCCAUUUUAGGGCUCACUCUUCACCUGCUACUCUUCAAGCAACCUUUUCUGUAGCUCCACAGCCCCGUGGAUAUGAUUUUGAUAAACUACCAGAGGGAUGGGAGGUGGCAGUUGACGCUAAAACCGGUAAACCCUAUUUCAUCAAUCACAAUACUAGAACCACUACUUGGGAAGAUCCUAGAUUAGCUGUUUUUCGAGAACGUAACGAGGCACUUGCUCUUCAAGUACAGCUACAACAGCAACACGCGCAGCAACAGCAGCAGCAACAGCAACAACAACAGCAACAGCAACAGCAACAGCAACAACAGCAACAGCAACAACCACAACCUCAACAAAUUCAGCAGCAACCACCACCACAACAACCACAAACUCAACAACAGUCACAGCCACAACAACAACAACCGCCACAACAGCAGCAGCAACAGCAACAACAGCAACAACAACAACAGCAACAAACUCAGCAACCACAACCACAGCCACAAACUUCACCACAACAACCACAAACUCAACAACAGUCACAGCCACAACAACAACAACCGCCACAACAGCAGCAGCAACCACAACCACAACAACCACAAGUUACACAAUUACAGCAGCAACUUCAACAACAACAACAACUUAUACAAAAACAGUUACAACAACAGCAACUUCAACAGCAACAAUUACAACAAGCACAGCAACAAAUACAACAGCAGCUUCAACAACAACAACAACAACAGCAACAAAUUGCUCAUACCCAAGCUCAAGCUCAAGCUUUACGAAGAGUUCAAGAGUUAACCGAAGAAAGAGAAAAAUUGAGACAACGAGCUGCUGAAAUUCAAAAUCAGCAGAAAAAUUUCACAACAAGUAUUGACCCUUUUCUGGGCGGAAGUAAUGCCAUCACCGUUGACCAUUCACGUCAAGAAAGUGCCGAUUCAGGUCUUGGUCUGGGUCAUAAUUUUAGUCUUCCCCAUACACCUGAUGAUAUUCUUGUCUCCGAUCUGGAAACAGUUAAUAACUUACAAAAUAACGCUGAUGACCUUUGUUUGGACAGUCUUUCCAUAACCAAUAUGGAACUUGAAACCGAUGCUAUGGACCUGAUAUGUUUACCCGAUGAAUUGAACAUUAACACCGAUAUAGUUCUGUCCGAUUUAGAAGCUUUCCUCACAAAUGCCAAUGUAGCUACGAAGGACGUUUGGAUAUAACAAGAAAAGAAAAGAAAAAAGAACAAAAAAAAUCAAUAACGAACAAAAAAAACGAAAACAUAACCAAUUUUGCUUAUAACCAAGUGCCUUAAUCAUCAACACCUUAAAUUAAUUUACAACGAAAUCAACAUACAAACAACACAAACAAAUGAAAUCAACUGUAAUCAACUACUAUUUACUUGUAACAAUUUUUAAAUCACACAAAAUGAUUUAACUUUUUUUCCUCUUUUUUUCUAGAUUUUGUUUCAUUGAAAAUUCCAAGAUAAUUUUCAAAUGAAUACAAAAUAAUUAACAAGAGGAAAAGUAAAAGAAACAAAAAUGGCGAUAUAAGAAAAAUAGAAAAGAAAAAAGUUAACAAGUUUUAACUUUUUCCCUUUUUCUUUGUUUCAACGAAAAUAAUAUUAUUAUUAAUAAACUAUGGCUGGUCCUGUUUUCCAUUACAGUCGAUAUUCAA